UUAUGGAUGGAAGCGAGUAAUUUUGAGGAGUUGUAUGAAUAAUGAUAGUAAUUGAUGGUGAAAACACAUGAACAAUAAUGAUGUUAAUUUGAAAUGAGAGAAAACAUGGGCGACAAAUGAGUCGAUCAUCGUCCCGCAGCGCAGGCGCAACAAAACUACCUGAUUUCCACACCUCGCAAACGUGGCAAACGUGGCACAGAUUAUAUACUGCUAAAUUCAACGCAGAUAUCAAACCUCUCCCUCCAUUUCUAUCCUCAAUAAAUAGCUCUCUUCAUUGCAUUUCUCAAUUUUUAAUUAAUGGCGCUUGAAGCAACGCAUCCCAAUUUCUUUCCUCCGCAAUUUCUUCAACACAGAGAAAGCUUUAUGAAUCCUCCCCACGAAGGGGAUGCGUACAGCCACAAGUUUCAGGCGAUUCCAUUUCAGGUGAAUCAGCAGUUUAAUUCCGGAUCUAAAACUUCGAUCAGUAGCCUCACCCCCUAUAUUCCGGCUACCAGAAAGCGAUACAGAGAUGAAUUCCACACUUCUCCUCAAUUAUUCGGUGAAAGCAUCUUGCCUCAAUUCCAGCCGGAGAUCGACUCCUUAAUUCAUCAACAUACGAUGAAAAUCCGAUCGGAAUUGAAGGAGAAAGACGAUCAGAUCGAGAAAAUGGCGAGAUUGAAUCUGAUGCUUGAGGAAAAGGCGAAAGGCCUCUACCUUGAGAGCCAGCUGUGGCAGGAGACGGCGCGGGCCAACGAGGCGGCGGCGAAUUCCCUCCGGCGCGCGUUAGAUCAAUUUGGGGAGGGAUCAGGCGCGGCGGUGGAGGAGGAUGUGGAGUCGUGCGGCAGCUGCUGCGAUGAGACGGCGGAGAGUAGUGAGAGGAGGAUGUGCUGGAUUUGCGGGGAGAGGCAGUGCUGCGUGGUGGUGCUGCCGUGCCGCCACCUCUGCCUCUGCAGCGGUUGCGGAAGCGGGCUCCACGCCUGCCCCGUUUGCAAUGCUAGCAUGGCUGCCACGGUGCACGUAAAUAUAUGAUGAAAUUAAUAACUAGGCUUGGAUUAAGCAAUAAUAGGGUUAGAAGAAGUGAGAAUAUAUGAUUUUUUUUUUGUUAAUUUUUACAUCAAAUUCAAUAUUCAAUUGCCAAUACACAAGAUUUUCUAUCUA